AUGUCUGAUAAUCAAAAUAUAUCUCUCAAAGACGCGUUAAUAUGCAUUCCUAUAUUUACGGGCAAACCAGAAGAAUUAAUUGAUUUUUCAAAUUUUUGUGAGAAAGCAAAAUGUAUGUUACCAGAGCAAGUAGAAUCAAAUCUCACUAAAUUAAUUUUUGGUAGUAAAUUAUCUCCUUCAGUUAAAGAUGCAUUAAAUAAAAUAACAUAUAGCACUGUAAAUGAACUCUUAAGAGAUCUCAAAAAAGUUUAUGUCCCUUCUAAAACACUUUUCCAGUUGCAAGGUGAACUAGGAAGAAUGUUUCAAAAAGAUGAUAAAUUAGUAGUAGACUUUGUUAAUAGAUUACGGAAAAAAGCAAAAGAAAUAGUAGAAUGUUUCAAAUCAAAUAAUCCGACUGCUACUCCGAAUGAAAUUCAAAUCUAUAAAGAUAAUACUGAUAAAGCUGUAGCUCAAUGUUUUGUUCAAAAUUUAAGAAAUGAAAUAGAUCAACGAAUGUCUCGAUGUGACAACGUCACUGAGGCCUUAGAAAAGGCAAUAGAAAUAGAAAGACGAUUAAUUGCGCGAAGAGAAAUUCGUAAAGACCCAAAUAACAAAAGUUUAGAUAAUAAUAGUCAAGAGAAACCAAAGAUUAUUUGUCAUUCAUGUAAUAAACCUGGUCAUAUAAAGAAAAAUUGUCGAGAGAAAGAUAAUAAUAAUUCAAGAGGAAAUUGUCAGCUUUGUAAUAAAACUGGACAUACUGCUAAAAAUUGUUUUAAAAAUCCAAAUAGAGUUUCAUCAAACGUAAAAUGUCAAAUUUGUGAAAAAAAUGGCAAAACAAAUAAAAAUAAAGAUGUAAUUAUGAUGAUAGAUUCAGGAGCUUCGCCGAACUUACUUAAAUUUAGCUAUGUAAAUGAUCCGACGACAAUUGAUAAAAGUAAAAUUGUUGAAUUGCACGGUAUUGCAAAUGUACCAAUAAAGACACUCGGAAGAGUAAAAGUUAAAUUAUUUAAUAAAGAGACUGUAUGUCAUGUGAUUCCUGAUACUUUAAGUAUUCCGCAUGCAGGUCUCGUAGGAUCUCGAUUUUUCGCAACUCAUGGGGUAAAAAUUGAUUAUAAAAAUAAAGUAAUGAAAGUAGAUAAUGUUAAAUACCCAUUUAAAAAAGCUAAUAGAGUCGAGGAUGGAGUGAUGUGUAUUCCCCCUCGUAGUGAGUCAACCUUUUUCGUAAAAGUUAAAAAUAAAAAUAUUGUCGAAGGUUAUGUCCCAAGAUUAAAAGCGUGUAAAGGCGUAUUUUUGGGAGACUGUUUAGUACGUGUUAAUGAUGGUCGUGCUUAUAUGCAAGUUUUUAAUACGACUGAAAAUGAAGUGGGAUUGAAAAUUCCUACUUUAUUUAUACAGUCAGUAGAGAAUUUACAUGAUCCUAAAAUUGAUCAAGAAGACUGUUUGAACAGAAAUUGUGAAAUUGAAACUCAAUCAGAUUUUAAUAAACUAAAUUUUAAAGAUUUUAAUGUGGAAAAAAUUUUGUCAAUUGUUGAAAAUUUUCAAAAUGAUAAAAGAUUUAAAAAAAUUAUAAAGUUAUGGAGAUUAAGCCAUUUAGGCGAAGAAGAAAGAAAACAUGUUGAAAAAUUUUUAAAAAAAUAUGCAGAUCGGUUUCAUAUUCCAGAUGAACCACUAGGGUCAACAGAUGUAUACAAUCAUAAAAUACCGACUACUUCAGAUAUUCCUAUAACAGUGAAACAAUAUCGUACACCUCAGUUUUUGAAGACAGAAAUUGAAAAACAAAUUAAGGAGGAACUCGACACAGGCAUUAUUGGGCCUUCUGAGUCUCCUUAUAAUAGUCCAGUUUGGAUCGUGCCUAAGAAACCAGAUUCGCAAGGUAAUAAAAGAUGGCGAGUCGUUAUAGAUUACAGAAAAUUAAAUGAAAGAACUAUUACUGACGCUUAUCCAUUACCAAAUAUUACUGAUAUUCUUGAUCAAUUAGGAGGUUCAAUGUAUUUCUCUGUGUUUGAUUUAGCUUCCGGAUAUCAUCAGAUUAAGAUGGAUCCAAAAGAUAGCCAUAAGACGGCGUUUUCAACUCCACAAGGACAUUGGGAGUUUAAACGUAUGCCGUUCGGGUUAAAAAACGCACCAGCAACGUUCCAAAGGUUAAUGGAUACGGUUUUGACUGGGUUGCAAGGUAUAUCGAUGUUUGUUUAUUUAGAUGAU